AAGACGAAACUUGUCUCUGCAAUGGAAAUUUUCUCUUUGGACUUUUUUUUUUAACUUUCUUCUAAGUGGGAAACCGAGAGCUCUUCGAAGACCAUUAAAAGAAUUCUUUUGACUGAUUUAAUUUUUAGAAUCCUUCUCCAUUUUGUUCUGCCUGGAGCGGCUCUGUGGAUUUCUCUGGCUGGAAGAGUCUUCUGAUUCUUGAUCUGUCAACGAGAGCACCCCCAACUUGAUAACGAUUUUGAGGAAUCUCAAUCUGUUUUCGAUUUCAUCAACUUGAACUGAUAAGUUUCCUACUGAUUCUGGCUGCUAACGUGCACACGAUGAUGGCUUGGUUCUCACGGAAGAAACGGCGCCUGAAAGCUAAACUCUCAUGGAAGUCUAAGAAGAAAGACUCGUCUCCUUCAGGUAACUGGCAACCAGAGGAUGACAGCGAUGAAGGCAAGAUUGUCUUCUUUGGAGGAAGUAACUAUACCUUUGAUUUAGAUGAUUUGUUAGCUGCAUCGGCUGAAAUUUUGGGGAGAAGUGCAUCUGGUUCAACCUACAAAGUAGCUGUGGAUGAUACAGCCACUGUAGUGGUGAAGAGACUGGAAGAGGUGGUUGUUGGAAGAAGAGAGUUUGAGCAAACAAUGGAGAUUGUUGGUAGAAUCAAACAUGAGAAUGUAGCUGAACUAAAAGCUUACUACUUUUCCAAGAACGACAAGCUCGCUGUUUACAGCUACUACAGUAAAGGAAACCUCUUCGAGAUGCUGCACGGUGAGAACCGAGUAUUGCUAGAUUGGGAGUCUCGAUUGAGAAUAGUGAUUGGUGCAGCGAGAGGAUUGGCUGUUAUACAUGAAGCAGAUUACAGGAAGCUUGUCCAUGGGAACAUCAAAUCUUCAAACAUCUUCAUUGACUCGCAAGGCAAGGGCUGCAUCUGCGACCUAGGCUUGACAUCCAUCACGAGAUCUCGCCCUCAGGCUAGCAUUCGUUCUUCGGGUUAUCACGCUCCUGAAGUGACAGACACAAGAAAGUGCACACAGUUUUCUGAUGUGUACAGCUUUGGAGUAGUGUUGCUGGAGCUUCUAACAGGGAAAUCUCCAGCUAGUCCGCUGCUAUCAGGAGAGGAUAACAUGGACUUGGGUAGCUGGAUAAGGUCGGUUGUGUCGAAAGAGUGGACGGGGGAAGUUUUCGACGUAGAGCUAAUGAAGCAAAUAAGUAUAGAGGAAGAGAUGGUUGAGAUGUUGCGAAUAGGUUUGGCUUGUGUUGAAUUGAAGCCACAAGAUAGACCUCACGCAGCAGAGGUUGUAAAGAUGGUACAAGACGUUCGAACGAUAGCUUAAAACUGCCAAUUCUCAAAAAGCAUUAUUAUUACUGA